AUGGACAGCAAACAGGAUAUCGGAGUUGAUCAUCGAGAGGAUGUUGAUCACCACGGCCAACCAGAAGAAGACAUGCGGCCGUGGUACCAUCAGCCCGAACUGCGAAAGCUGUACUUGCUGAUGCCAUUUUUGUUCCUCGGUUCUACUACCCUAGGGUACGAUGGCAGUCUCCUCAAUGGUCUACAGACUAUGCCAGCAUGGAAAGAGUUUUUCCAUCACCCCACAGGAUCACGUCUCGGCCUCCUGGGUGCAUUCCCGGGAUUCGGCGGCUUCGCAGUUCUCCUAUUUACACCCUACAUCGCCGACAUGAUGGGACGCAGGCUAGGAACAGCGAUCGGUUGCCUCCUAGUCAUUAUGGGCUCGAUCAUCCAAGCCUUUCCACGCAAAGAUAACCCAGACGCCAUGUUUCUGGCCGGCAGAUUCAUCAUGGGGAUGGGUAGCAACAUUUCGAAUGCGACAUGCCCACUUCUGAUUACUGAGGUUGCGCAUCCGCGACAUCGAGGUAGGGUAACGACCGUAUACAAUACCCUGUGGUAUCUAGGUGCUAUCAUCGCGGCGUGGACGACGUACGGUACCUUGACUCACAUCUCUUCCGAUCUAUCGUGGCGUCUUCCGGUCGGACUUCAGUGCGCCAUGCCUGGGAUUCAGCUUCUUUCCCUAUACCUUCUUCCGGAAUCGCCGCGUUGGCUAGUCAGCAAGAAUAAGCACUCUGCCGCUAAGAAGAUACUCACAAAAUAUCACGGGAAUGGAGCCGAGACCGACUUUGUAAAUUGGGAAUACAACGAGAUAAGUCUAACUCUGGAGGCUGAGAAGGCCGCGAGUGCCUCCAGUGGGUGGUACGAAUUAGUCCGGACCCCUGGCAAUCGGAAGCGCUGCUUGCUGAUCAUCCUCACUGCCAUCUUCUCGCAAUGCUCGGGCAACGGGCUUGUGAGCUACUACCUCGCAGCGGUCCUUCAGACUAUCGGCAUAACCAACUCCUCCGAUCAAGCGCUCAUCAAUGGUGGUCUAACAAUCUGGUGUUGGCUCGUUUCUCUCGGAUGCGCUUUCCUUGUUGAUCGAGUGGGGCGACGAACACUUUUCUUGAGUGCCGGUAUCGGUAUGCUUAUCGCCUUCACCAUCUGGACCGCAUGCAGCGCGGUGUACGCGCAGACUGGAAACUCAAGUGCUGGUUCCGCAGUUCUCGCAAUGAUCUUCCUCUUCUAUGGGGCCGCCGGUAUCGCCUGGCCUGGCCUAACAGUUUCCUACACCGUCGAAAUCCUCCCUUUCAAUAUCCGCGCCAAAGGCCUCACACUUUGUUUCGUGUUUACGUCGCUGGCCGGUAUUUUCAACCAGUACGUGAACCCAAUUGGUAUUGAAGCAUUAGGCUGGAAGUUCUAUAUCGUAUACGUUGUGGUGUUGGUAUUGGAGUGCUUGGCCAUCUACUUCCUGUACGUCGAGACGAAAGGUCCGGCUUUGGAAGAGAUCGCGUUGCUAUUCGAUGGUGAUAGUGCUAAUGUCGCGGGGACCAACCUUGCAUUAGACCAGAACGGAGGAUUGAAAGAGCUCAAGCAUGGAGAGUAA